UCCUCUUCUGUCCUCUUUUGUUUGCUUCCACUUGUGAUUUUCCUCCUCACAAUUUAAGACCCAACUUCUCUUUUCCAAAGGAAUAUAAAUAACACUUCUCAGUUCUCAGUUUCAUAACUUUUGUAGGAAACCCACAUGUUCAAGGAAAAUACUACUAUGAUGAUGGACUCUAAUCCACCACUAUUCGAUCAAUACGAGUUCCUUUUGCAAUCCACAGCUCAUUUACAACCAUUUAACAAUGGAAAUCUACCAACUAACUCUGUCAUGGAGGAAUGUCAGCUUCCUCUUAUUGAUCUUAAAGGUUUGAAAAGUAGCGAUGAAAAGGAGAGGGUAGCUUGUAGAAGAGAGAUUUUUGAAGCAUCAGAAGAAUGGGGAUUCUUCCAAGUGAUAAACCAUGGGAUACACACAGAGCUACUGAACAGAAUGAACAAAGAACAAAUAAAGUUGUUUGGGGUACCCUUUGAGAAAAAAUUUACAAGUGGGAUUUUGGAUAAUUCUUACAGAUGGGGAACACCCACUGCAACCCACCCAAACCAGUUCUCUUGGUCUGAAGCUUUUCACAUUCCCCUCACAAAGGUCUCUGAAGCUGCCUGCUAUGGCGACUUCAUUUACUUAAGGGAAGUGAUGGAGGAAGUGGCAAGCGCGAUGUCGAAGGUAGCAAGAAAAUUGGCAGGAGUUUUAGUGGAGAGUAUGGGGCAGAGGAAGGAAUUAUUAGAGGAUAUUUGCGACGAAAGCACAUGCUUCCUCCGGUUGAAUCACUACCCAAUUUGUCCAUUUUCCGGCGAAGUUUCAGGGCUGGUGCCACACACGGACAGCGAUUUUCUUACAAUACUUCAUCAAGAUUCCGGCGGUGGUCUUCAGGUGAUGAAAGGAUCGCAAUGGUUAGCUGUGAAACCCAAUCCACAAGCCCUUGUUGUCAACAUUGGAGACCUUCUUCAGGUAAACACUCCAACUCCAAUUUCUUUUCAUCCAAUCAUUUACCAUUCACUCUUUUUUCAGUUUCCAUAUUACCUAAUCUAUUGACAUUAAUAUUGAGAAAUUCUUUAUGAAUAUUGUAUAAACAAAUUUACCUUAAAAAAAAAUUAAGAUAGAUUUUAGUGAUCAAAAGUCUAUGACUUGAACACUUGAAUGUGGUGGACCAAAUUUUUAACAUAUUCUCUAGAACAACACAAAGUAUUUUAUGUUAAAUAUGUGUCAAGUGAACAUACUUCAAACAUACGAAUUUAUGAACAGCUAAGAAAUCUGUAUUUUGAAUUUCAUCUUUUCAAUAUAUAUCUUCAUUUCAAUUAUGCAAUCUAAGAUAGUAUAACUAUUUAUUAUUACGAUAGUCAUUAUUACCAAUACCCCAAAGUGAACACUUUGGAGAAAAGAAAGAAUGAACAUCUCAACCUCUUACCACUAGAGAAUAUAAAAUAAUGAAUAAAUC